AAUUUCGUCAGUUUGGGCAAACAGGGGCUUGGACUUUGGUCCAUAUUUAUCUUCAAAUUGUUAGUGUCCUACCUGUCUUCACGACUUCAUUUGUGAAGUGCACCUUGAAGAUAUUGACUACUUCGUACAGUUUAUGCUGAGUCAUGGUGUUGUCGAAGUUCUUUGAGACGCUCCCUGAGGGGUACGGCUACGUAGUGUUCGCUGGCACGGGCAGCAUCUUCGUCAACAUGUGGAUGGCCAUCAAUGUUGGCAGAGCUAGGAAGAAGUUUGAGGUUCAGUAUCCCGACAUGUACAGCGCCACAUCUAAGGAGUUCAACUGUAUUCAGAGAGUUCACCAGAACACAUUAGAAUCGUAUCCCCAGUUCCUCAUGCUACUGUUUGUUGGAGGGCUCCAGUACCCUAAAAUCAGUGCAGCAGCAGGAGCUGUGUAUCUGGCAAGCAGAAUUGCUUAUGCCCUCGGCUACUACACCGGAGACCCUGAGAAGAGGAGAUGGGGAGCGUUUGGCCAUUUUGCAGAGCUGGUGCUUCUAGGCAAUGUGGUGUCCUUGGCUGCCCACCAGCUGGGCUGGGUCGGCAGUGGCCAUUGUCGUAUGAGAUUUUGAAUGUGAUGAUGUAUAACGCCACUGAGAAGGAAGGGUGCCUUUUAGACAUGAAGAAUGACAAUUGUCUAUAGGUUGUCAAGUCGCUAAUACUAAUAGCAGUGGCGCACAUUGCCUCACCAUGACCGUGCACACAAGGAUUCUAGGAGCUAGGAUGGGUAAACCUGAAAAAUAUGAAAUCCACGGGAAGACACCCAAGUCCUUGAUUGAAAGCUUUAUCAUGUUUAAAUUCCAAUGAAAAAAUGCUUUAUUUUGAUUACUUCUUUUUUUAAAAUAGUGAAAUGACUAAUUGAUGCUGUGUAUAAAUCAACCUAUUUGAAGUUACGAAUCAUAAUCUUUAUUUGUUACAAUUCAGGUAUUGUGUGUGUUAAAUGUUAGAGCAUAGGAUUAGGUCAGAAAGAAACAUUUUGGUAUUUCUCUGAAAGUCCCUGUACGGAUAGUCUUGUGAAUGUCAUUAGACGUGCCACGUGUUUGAGCACCCUCAGUGAUUGUUAGGUGUGUGUGUCCUCUGUGUGUACGCUGCAGACAAGUCCAUUGGCUCCAUUUCGGCUGUAGUAGAUGCAAACUAGUAACCUUGUGUUGGGUUUUCUUUUACACCUUGUCAAGUUUUGGGAGAAGGAAUUAAUAAUGAAAUAAUUUUGAAGUACUUAUGUCAAUUUCCAGAUAUGUUUGGAUGAAAUUGUCCUAUUUCUGUGACAUUUGUUAAGAUUUUUGUAUAUUUAUUUUGGACUCAUUCUUCAAAUUUUGACUGUCCAAAAGAGUGAAAAUCAGGCUUGUUUCACCAUUGAACAAUACUUGUCAUUGUUUUGCAGCAUGGACCAAUAAAGUGUGUCUGUAUGCACAA